UGUGAUACGCGGAGCCCAUUCAAAAUGCGCACGUGGUCUGACAGGCGUUGAAUGAAGCCAGUCGGGUGAGACAAGUCUAGUGGAACACACGGCGUCAUGGCACAAGACAAUUUAUCCGCACUUCUCGUCAAACCCAAGGAUUUGAGAUUAGUGCAGACUCCAAUACCCGAAAUACAGGAUGACGAGGUGCUUCUUCGCAUGGACUGUGUGGGUAUCUGCGGCUCUGAUGUGCACUACUGGCAGAGCGGGGUCUGCGGUCAUUUCGUGCUGAAGGAGCCAAUGAUCAUGGGCCACGAGGCUGCCGGGGUCGUCGCUAAGACAGGAUCCAAGGUGAAGCACUUGAAGGUCGGUGACCGCGUAGCCAUCGAGCCAGGCGUGCCGUGCCGUUACUGCGACUUCUGCAAGACCGGCCGCUACAACCUGUGUCCCGACAUCGUGUUCUGCGCCACGCCGCCCGUGCACGGCAACCUCGUCCGCUACUACAAGCAGGCCGCCGACUUCUGUUACAAACUACCAGACCACGUGUCAAUGGAGGAGGGCGCGAUGUUAGAACCCCUGUCAGUGGGCGUGCACGCGUGCCGGCGCGCGGCGGUGAGCGCCGGGCACGCCGUGCUCGUGCUGGGCGCGGGGCCCAUCGGGCUCAUGAUCAUGUUGGCUGCUAAGGCCAUGGGAGCCGCCAAGGUGCUUAUUACAGACGUGUUACAAACCCGGCUGGACUUCGCGAAGAAGAUGGGAGCAGACGAGACGCUGCUGGUGAGCAAGGACUCCAACGAGGUGGAGCUGGUGAAGAAGGUGCACGAGCUGCUGGGCUGCCAUCCUGACGUGUCCUUUGACGCCAGCGGGGUCGCCUCUACUGUCAGACUUAGUUUGCUCGCCACAAAGUCGGGCGGCAAGGCCCUUCUGGUGGGUAUGGGUAACCCAGAGAUCACAGUGCCGCUGGCCGGCUCCGUCGCCAGGGAGGUCGACAUCAUGGGAAUCUUCCGAUAUGUCAACGAAUACCCGAUCGCAUUAUCAAUGGUGGCAACCGGUCAGGUGAACAUCAAGCCGCUGGUGACGCACCACUUCGACAUGGAGCAGACGCUGCAGGCCUACGAGACGGCGCGCCGCGGCGACGGCAUCAAGGUCAUGAUACAUGUGCAGCCGAGAGACGCCAAUAAUCCGGUUAAAUUUUAGAUGUACUUACUAUAGAAUUGAAUUGUAAGACUAGGUACCCUCUUUAGAUUGCUAGCGUAAUGUUUGAAAUGUAAACUUGAUACGGUAAGGAAACUUGAUCCUGAUGGACUUAUGUUCGAAAUUCGUUCAAGUAAAAAAUUUUUUUUUUAUUUAAACAUGAAAAGAAUUGGUUUGACAGAAUGGUAACGUUCGAAACUUAAAAAUAUAUUUGUUUGGGAACAUAAAUGAAUCCGACAUUUUUAUACAGAUUAUUUAUAAGGAGCCACCGAGGAGAAUGUAAAAAAAAUUAUAAAAAAAACUGCUUGGAGACUAAUAUAGAAAAGGAUUAACAUAUGGGUCAGUUUUGGAAGGGUUUCUGUGAGUCUUAAUGUUCUUUGAAUUUAACAUUUUGUCAUGAUUGCGCUAGUAAUCUUCUGUACUUGAAUAUUUAUGUAUUGAAAUAGAUUGCAAUAUGAAUGUGUAAAUAAAAUACCUAGUAGGUAACGAUAAGUGCAACAAAAUUAUAAGUUAUCGGAUAUUUCAUUGUUUAACAGGGUUUAUCGUUUAUAUUUGAAAUGUUAAUUUAGAUACAAAACUAAAUUGUAAAUAAAAUGUAUGAAAUAAAAUUAUUGUUAACUGUGAA